AUGGCCUCCCCACCACCCCCCAAGCGCCAGAAGCAGUCCGGCCAGCGGACAGGCCUGCGCGAAAAACACCGCAACAACCAGGAGCGCAAGGAGGAAGCGAAGCUGCCGCAGAAGAAAUACUACCGCCAGAGAGCUCAUGCGAACCCGUUUUCGGAUCACCAGUUGGCCUAUCCGUCGAGUCCGAAAGAGAUGGUUUGGGCCAACCAUUUCCCGAAGUACUUCCCGAGCGCCAUAGCCGCGGACGGAGAUGCUGAGACCAAGCCGAGUGGGAAGCAAGUCGAGGUUGCGGAUAUCGGGUGUGGUUUUGGAGGACUGAUUGUGUCGCUGGCGCAGAAGCUGCCGGAUACUCUAAUGUUGGGAAUGGAAAUCAGGACCCAGGUUACGGAGUAUGUGGAGGAGCGGAUCAAGGCGCUCAGAAUACAACAUGAGGCCGAAGGCCAUUACCAGAACAUCAGUGUUCUCAGAGCGAACACGAUGAAGUUCCUCCCCAACAUCUACGAGAAAUUCCAGCUCAGCAAAAUAUUUAUUUGUUUCCCUGACCCGCACUUCAAGGCGCGCAAGCACAAAGCGCGUAUCGUCUCCCCUACGCUCUGCGCAGAAUAUGCUUAUGUCCUCCGCCCAGGAGGUAUUGUCUACACUAUCACAGACGUGGAGGAUCUACACAAGUGGAUGGCUAAGCACUUUGACGACCACCCACUUUUCGACCGCCUAACCGAGGAGGACCUCAAAGACGACGUGUGUGUGGAGGUGAUGAGAACAGACACCGAGGAGGGAAAGAAGGUUGAGAGAAAUAAUGGGAGCAAGUUUGUGGCGUGCUGGAAGAGGAGAGAGGACCCUGAAUGGUGA